UUAAACGUCGAGUACAACUUUUAUGAUGCUGAGAAAAAGAACUUUUAUGGACACUUUGAAACGCUAAGGGAUUACAUGGGGGUUUCCAUGUUGUAGCGAAAGUGCGACCGAGAUUAGACAGUUGGAUUUCCCCACAGCGAUCUGCCUCUCCUGAGCCUGCACCCGGGCGGAUGAAAACAAACACUAAAAAUGGCGGCGCCGGAGAGCGGCCGGUUGCUGAGUUGAGGCCGGGGAGUUCGUUAACGACCGAGGGAAGCCCUGGAGAACAUCGGUUGGCGUGAGUUGGUCGGCCUGCUCGGUGUUUCGAGUCGGGAAGCAUCCCGAAGCGUGAGGUGUCUGCGACCUGUGCUGUCACUGCAGCCCCGGAGCGCGGAACCCUCGGCGGAGAGGCGCGGUUGCCCGGCCUGAGGCCCUGGCCUCCGUAAUGAGAACCCGAAGCCACUGUCUGGCUCGUAGCUUCGCAGGUGAGGGUGACUGUUGACUAGUGAAAAAAAGGGACUCAAGGUUCACGACUAUCUUCUUACUGGCAGUGGAACGACUUGUGGAAACCUGCGACCAGUUAAGUAAACCUCUGGAUUUCUAUAGGCAAUGGAAACUGAUCUCAGUUCCCAGGACAGAAAGGACCUGGACAAAUUUAUUAAAUUUUUUGCCCUGAAGACUGUCCAGGUGAUUGUUCAGGCUCGACUUGGUGAAAAGAUUUGCACUCGUUCAUCUUCUUCCCCAACGGGUUCAGAUUGGUUUAAUUUAGCAAUUAAAGAUAUCCCAGAGGUUACACAUGAAGCAAAGAAGGCACUGUCAGGACAGCUGCCUGCUGUGGGUCGCUCUAUGUGUGUGGAGAUCUCACUCAAGACUUCUGAGGGAGAUUCCAUGGAGCUGGAAAUUUGGUGUCUUGAAAUGAAUGAAAGGUGUGAUAAAGAAAUCAAAGUUUCCUACACCGUAUACAACCGACUGUCACUGCUGCUGAAGUCUCUUCUGGCUAUAACUAGGGUGACACCAGCCUAUAGACUCUCUAGAAAACAGGGGCAUGAAUAUGUCAUACUGUACAGGAUAUACUUUGGGGAAGUUCAGCUGAAUGGCUUAGGAGAAGGCUUCCAGACAGUUCGUGUUGGGACAGUGGGCACCCCUGUUGGCACCAUCAGUCUAUCUUGUGCUUACCGAAUUAACUUGGCAUUCAUGUCUACCAGGCAAUUUGAGAGGACCCCACCUAUCAUGGGGAUUAUCAUUGAUCACUUUGUCGACCGUCCCUAUCCCAGCUCCUCUCCCAUGCACCCCUGCAAUUACAGAACUGCUGGUGAGGAAGUUGGAGUCACAUACCCAUCAGUGGAAGAUUCUCAAGAAGUGUGUACCACCUCUUUUUCCACAUCUCCUCCCUCCCAGUGUGUGUUUACUGUCACAAAGGCACAUUUUCAGACCCCUACUCCUGUGGUGACGGACACUCUGAGAGUCCCCUUGGCAGGACUGGCCUUUUCCCAUCAACUCUCAAGCUCUCGCCUUUCCUAUCAGCCUGCUGUCCUGGGCCUUGGAUCAGCUGACCUGGCUUAUCCAAUAGUGUUUACUGCUGGCUUAAAUGCUACACAUCCUCACCAGCUAAUGGUUCCUGGGAAGGAAGGUGGAGUACCAUUUACUCCUAACCAGCCUGCCCAUGGUGCCCAGGCUGACCAGGAGAGACUGAUGACCCACACACCUUCCGAUGGGAUCCAUUGUGCUGCCACACCUACUAGCAGUGAGGAUACUGAAACUGUGUCCAAUAGCAGCGAGGGACGGGCCUCUCCUCAUGAUGUCUUGGAGACUGUGUUUGCCCGAAAAGUGGGAGCCUUUGUCAACAAACCCAUGAACCAGGUGACUCUGACAAGUUUGGACAUACCUUUUGCCAUGUUUGCUCCCAAGAAUUUGGAGCUAGAGGAUACUGAUCCUAUGGUGAACCCCCCAGAGUCUCCAGGGACAACGUCUCCUCUCCAUGGCAGCCUGCACUCCGAUGGCUCCAGUGGGGCCAGCAGUGGCAACAAUCAUGAUGACUUCGUUAUGAUUGAUUUUAAACCGGCUUUUUCUAAAGACGACAUUCUUCCAAUGGACUUGGGGACCUUUUAUCGUGAAUUUCAGAAUCCCCCUCAGCUGAGUAGCCUCUCCAUAGAUAUCGGAGCCCAGUCCAUGGCUGAAGACUUGGACUCGUUACCAGAGAAGCUGGCUGUGCAUGAGAAGAAUGUGCGAGAAUUUGAUGCCUUUGUAGAAACCCUGCAGUAAAAGUGUCCUCAGUACCAGCAGCAUCCCCUUCGGUGGUCCCAGGGGACAGAGAACCUCCCACUCCUCAGCUGUUCCCAUCUCUCAUGCUGCUCCUGGCCAGGUGGAGGGCAGAAUGGUUCCCCAUGGAAACCCUGAAGUCCCUGCUCUUGGACCUCCUGGAGUCUCUGUGGUACAGUCAGGCCCAGUGUCUGCCUUUGGGAGGACUCACUCUCUGGCCUUAGAGAUGGAGACUGGCUGUAACAAACAAGCCUCAGCAAGACCAUCUGUGUCCCCACCCAUCCUCAUAUGCUUCACAGAGGGUGUCAGCCAGUUCCUUCUGCUACCAGACUCCUGCCUGGGUCUGCCCUGCAGCUGGCCCCUGCCUGUCCAUCCUUACCACCAACUAUUUUACAUUCCAGCUGGUGGCCCAGAGACUUGGGCAAGACAGAAAGAGGAAGGAGACUAAGGAGUCUGUGGUGGGAGAAGGAAGGCCUCUUGUUGGCUCUCAGUGUUAUCCAUAGUUCCUGGGCCAUCCCUCCCUCUUUUCCUCUUCCCUUUGUCUUCCCUCUCUACCUUCCCUCCUCUUUUCCCUUCUCCCUCUGCCUCUCCCCUAGUGCCCUCAUUCUUGGCAAAUAUAACAGGUUCACCUGGUCAAGAUGACAAGAGCUACAAAGCCAGCCAUAAGCCCUAAAGAUUGUGUCUCUAAAGGCCUACCUAAAAUUUUGUUAGUCACACAUUUUCUUCCCCCUCACACACACCCCUCGCCCACAAAUUGCUGCUGCUUGGAUAUAGGGCAUGGUAAAUAUUUAUUAAUUUCAGAGAAAUCAGAUAUUUUAUAGAGAAAAUAUGUUUGAGGCUAGCUGUUUAACUCGGGGAAGGUGGAGGUCCUCUUCCUGGCAUGGAGGCCUCCUGUGGAGGUUCCUCAGAAUCCAUGCUUCUAUUCUGAGGAUCUUCCUGUUUCAUAGAAGGAGGGAUCAAGAAUGGGGCUGGGAAGGUGGCUCAGCAGUUGAAGGCACUUGCUUGGCAAAGUGUGCCAGCUCAAGUUCAGUUCAGCCAACCAUGUAAGCUGGGAGCAAAAAAAAAAAAAAAGGCCUG